CUUCCCCAAGAGGAAAGCACAGGAGAAGAAGGAAUGGCUGCUGGUCUCCUCACAGCUGGGCCCCAGGGAUCCACUUCCUUCAGCAGUGUGACAGUGGCUUUUGCCCAGGACAGGUGGAGAUACCUGGUCCCCACUCCAAGGGACAGGUUCAAGGAGGGAAUAUCAGAAACAUCUAGGAACCUGUUCCUACUAGGAAUACCAGUUUCCCAGCCUAGGAUGAACUCUCAGUUGGAACAAAGGGAAGGCCCAUGGAUGCUGGAGGGUGAAGACUUGAGAAGCACCUGUCCAGACUGGAAGACUGUAUCUAAGUCACCACCAGAGCAAACCAUUUCUGAAGACUCAUUCCAAGAUACUCAUGUAGAAAUGCCCUCUGGGGAGUCAGAACACAGGAACAGUGAACAUGGCUUCAAUCUGAGGCCCGUCCUCUCUCCCCAGCAGAGAAUUCCCUCAGAAGUGAGACUUCACAGAUGUGAAACACACACCAAGAGUUUCAAGAACUCAGAAAUCAUUAAACCUCACAGAGCAAAGCCAUACACAUGUAGCGAAUGUGGCAAAGCCUUCAGUUACUGUUCUUCCCUUUCUCAGCAUCAGAAAAGCCACACCGGGGAGAGGCCCUAUGAGUGCAGUGAGUGUGGGAAGGCCUUCAGCCAGAGCUCAUCGCUUAUUCAGCACCAGAGGAUCCACACUGGAGAAAAACCUUACAAGUGCAAUGAAUGUGGGAGAGCCUUCAGCCAGAAUGCAAACCUCACAAAACACCAGCGAACUCAUACUGGAGAAAAGCCCUACAAAUGCAAUGAGUGUGAGAAAGCCUUCAGUGACUGUUCAGCCCUUGUUCAGCAUCAGAGAAUCCAUACUGGGGAGAAACCCUAUGAGUGCAGCAACUGCGGGAAGGCCUUUCGUCACAGUGCAAAUCUUACAAACCACCAGAGGACUCACACGGGGGAGAAGCCCUACAAAUGCAGUGAGUGUGGGAAGGCCUUCAGCUACUGUGCGGCCUUCAUCCAGCACCAGAGAAUUCACACAGGGGAGAAACCCUACAAAUGCAACGCUUGUGGGAAGGCCUUCAGCCAGAGUGCAAAUCUCACAAACCAUCAGAGGACCCACACUGGAGAGAAACCCUAUAAGUGCAGCGAGUGUGGGAAGGCCUUCAGCCAAAGCACAAAUCUUAUAAUCCACCAGAAGACCCACACUGGGGAGAAACCAUAUAAAUGUAAUGAAUGUGGGAAGUUCUUCAGUGAGAGCUCAGCUCUCAUUCGCCAUCAUGUAAUUCACACUGGAGAGAAGCCUUAUGAAUGUAAUGAGUGUGGAAAAGCAUUUAACCAGAGUUCAUCCCUGAGUCAGCAUCAGCGAAUUCACUCCGGCAUGAAGCCCUACGGAUGCAGUGAGUGUGGAAAGGCCUUCAGGUGUAGCUCUGCUUUCAUUAGACAUCAGAGACUCCAUGCUGGGGAGUGACUGGAGACA